AUGUCCGACGACGAGUACACUGAUAUCCUUUACGAGGUGAGAGACAGAAUCACUACCAUCACCAUCAACUUGGACUCCAAGUUGAACGCCUUGAACGGGCCCCAGUACCUUCAGCUCGCCAAGUUCAUCGACCAGGCUGACAAGGAGGAGGACACCGUGGUGACGAUUCUCCAGGCAAAGGGUCGUUACUUCUCGGCAGGUGCAAAUGUAAGAGACAUUUCCGUGGCGAACGCGGACCCCUCAGAGAUCUUCUCCCAUGAGUUCUGGCUCAAAAAUUUCACCGGCAGAAACGUCUACUUGACCGACUUGUUGCAUAACCACUCCAAGGUGUUGGUUUGUGCGCUCAACGGACCUGUCAUUGGCUUGUCGGCUGCCAUUGUUGCCUUGUGUGACUUGGUGUACGUGAACGAUGAGAACACCGCCUACAUGUUGACUCCCUUCUCCAACUUGGGGUUGGUCGCCGAAGGAGCCACCUCCGCCACGCUUUUCUUGAGAUUGGGCUGGUCCAAGUCUGCUGAGGCGUUGUUGUUUGCCAAGCCCAUCCCAGGUUCCGAGCUCAACAGGUUGGGUUUUUUCAACGGCACUUUCACCGGUAAAGGCUUGACCACCGACCAGUUCAACGAGGAGGUGCACAAGUUGGUCUUGUCCAAGUUCGAAGGCUUGUACGAACCCUCGAUCUUUGCCAACAAGGCGUUGCUCAGACACAACCGUGACCAGCUUAUCAACAGCGCCAACGCCAGAGAGUCCAUCAUUGGCUUCAACAGAUGGAUCGAGGGCAUUCCUCAGCAAAGAUUUGUGCAGAUCGCCAACAAGGAGAUCAAGCACAAGCUCUAA